CGGACGGACGUGUUCACCAUCAGCAACGCUCUGCAGCUCGACGCCGUGCGGCGAUGCCCCGACCACAGUCUCUUUGAUGUGCUGAUGAGCCUGUUCAAGCGCUCUGUGAAUGUGGACCAGGACGGCAUUGGGUGGAUUCCCGUGCUCCUGCGCCCAGGCCGCACCGUGCCUGGGCUGAAGGGGCGGAUCUUCUCCGGCAUCGGUCGGGUGCCCGCACAGGAGGCGCCUGCCAAAAAGCGCAAAGGCAGUGAGGGCGCCGUGGAUUCCGCUCGGGCAGAGUUCAUGAAGCAGCUGCCGCCGGAGAUUCGCAAGGAGAUCGAGAUGGGGGUCCCAGACACGCUUGUGGGGCGCUCUGCAUUUGCCUUCAAGAAGUUGGUCCGCUACAUUGCGCGGCAUCGCCUUGGAUCCGUCGAGCUGGACAGCAAGAACUCGUUCUUCCAGCUCUUGAACCGACAGAAGCCGCUGCCGCCCAUCAUGGCGGAGUACCUGGACCACCGUGAGGAGAAGCUCGCGCAGAUCGGCCGCGUGCUCUUCCACAAGCUGCCCGAGGCCCGCCGGCGCAGCGUGGCGAAGGAGCUGAUGAUUGCCCUGGGCUUUGGGGGUGGUUUUGCAAACUGGACGAGCAAGGUGCUGCAGGACAUACCCUUGGCUUCGGACGAGGGGAAGCGCGGCGAGGUGGCUGCUUGGCUCUACGGCUUCGAGACGGCUACCACGUGGACGUUGCAGAUGGAGAAGAUGGCGGCGGCAGCGGGCAGGGCCUUCAACGACCACCAGCACGACGGCAUCGGGGCCCUCCGCUCCGCGAGCGAGGCCGUGAAGCGAGCCGUGGAUGUCGAGGCGGUCGUGCACGAGCUGGAGGACCCGUGGGCAUACGCGGCGGCGAAGUACCCCAACUUGGGUUGGCAGCACGUCAUACUUGGACGGGCGAGGGCAAACACCGUGGACUUUGCGAAGCUGGCGGCGGCGCAGCUGGUCCUUCCGGUGGAGGGGGGCGAGAAGAGGACCACCUACGAAAGCUUCGAGAAGGGAGGCUUCUGGCUGGUGCGAAACCGGGACGACUUGGGCCAGACCGUGGAAGACCUGAUGAACAAGAUGUGUUGCCCGGUCUUCGAGACAGUCGAUGAGAACUACGUGCCGCCGCCGCCCCUCAACGAUAAUGCCUUCUUCACCGGUCUGUCCUCGUCCGUUCUGGGGCGUCUGGCAGGCCCGCAGAUGGCGGACCUCGACGGCGACGAGACACGGCGCAAAAUCCUCUUUUGCGACGGCAUGCUCUACGAUUUCAAGGAGCGUGUCCUCCGAUCACCGAUCCCCGCCGACCGCAUGGGCUUCCACGCAAAGGCGACCUCAGAGAUGUGGCAGCCGAGCAAGGCGACCAAGCUCUUCGAGCACAUCCUGGCUUUCUUGAAGGAGCAUGUGGAGACGGGGGUGUGUCUGCUCGAGGCCAGCGAGAAUGGCAAACAGGUCAUCGAGUGCUUCGAGGAAUUGGAGCAGGACGGGUGCGAGAUCCUCCGCCACAUGAAGGUGUACGGGGACUGGGACUCCGUCCUGUACGAGCUGCGUCUCAUGACCAGGGCCAUCUCCGCGACGCCGCGGUUCUGCGAGAUGUACUACAUCUGGGGAAGCCAGGAUUCCGGGAAGGACGCCAAGGUGAAGAUGUUGCACGCCUUCCUCGGUCACGGCAAGGACAACUACGGGGCGCAGCUUCCGGGAAACUAUGUGGUGCAACAGACUCGCUACCUGACCGCGAAGGACGGACCCGCGCCUUGCCAUGCAAGGACUCUAGGCAAGCGACUGGCCUGGGCCAGUGAAGUCCCCGAGCACUACUCGUUGGCGGAUGACUUCAUCAAGCCCUUUUGUGACAUGGAAGGUGCGCCAGUCUGCAGCAGGAAGCUCAACAAGGGUCCCCGGGACUUCAUGCCUACGGCUUUGCUGGUGGCAACAAGCAAUUCCCCUCCCCGUGUGACUCGACCGGAUGGGAUGCUGCGGCGGCUUCGAGUCUGCCAGACAACGGUCAGCUUCACCUUGAAGCCGUCCAUGGCCACCGAGGAGCGAGCCGUGGAUGGCCUCAAGACCCGGAUAAACCGAGGAGAGUUCAACAAGUACAUCUUCUUCCUUGCGGCAAAUCUCGUGGACUCGUUGGAGAUGGAGUACAACCCAGGCACCGAGAUCAAGCCGCAGCCACCGGAGAUGAAGAUGAGCGCCAUGGACCUGGUCCCAUGUGCAGACAAGGACGAGGAGGCCAAACCCGAGGCCUUCAUGACAGAGAUGUGUGAGCUGGUGCCCUUGAAGGAAGCAAGCCUCCACACGGAGCUGACGAUGGCGCUGAAGACCUACCCAGCCUGGACACCUUGGGCGCGGCAAA